GUCUAGUUUUUGUAUAUAAACGUUCAGGGGUUGUUCGCUUUCCGAAUGUUCCUGCGGCGCCUGAAGGCAGCUGACGUCACGCAAAUGGCGGACGUUGUAAACAGAGGCAGCAGCUUCCCGCGGGCCGAAGAGAAACGUCGCUUUUCGGGAUGAAUGACGCGGAGUGCGAGCGCGCGGACAGCCUGGAGGGCUGGGUGGCGGUGAGGAGCAACAUCUUCGACGAGACCGACGCGUUCAAGUUGGGCUUCAUCGUCCAGUGGAACGUCAUCGAGAGCAAGUUCGCCGUCACCUGCCACAACCGGACGCUGCAGCGGCAGAAGCGCCGAGCCGAGGUCGUCGUCGUCGUCGGGGACCGCGAGUCCGAGGUGAGCUGGGCCGGACUCUUCUCCCUGAGCGACCUGCGCCACGUCCACCAGCAGUUCGCGUGCGUGGCGGACGUGCUGGCCACCUGCUUCCCGGACCUGUCCGAGUUCGAGGAGGGCAACAUCUGGGACCUGCUCCUGCCGAGUCGCAGGUCGGGUCCCGGGGAGGAGGAGGACCGGGGCGACGCGAGGGACCUGGACGCGCCGUGCCGCCGGCUGGAGAAGUACUUCAGCGCCGCCAUCGACGUGUGCGGCCGGAAGAUCGUCCUCGACACGUUGUUCGGCCACGACGAGCGGGACGUGGAGGAGUACUUCGAGAACCUGCAGGAGUUCAAGAGGAAGACCAUGCAGGAGGAGAUGGCCAGGGCCAAAGGUCACGUGCGACAGCUGCUGCAGAGUCAUGGUGGCGCGGACCGGAUGGUUGUGCUGCUCCGCAUCUACGACGAAGAGGACGAGGCCUACCAGGACCUGGUCACCGUGGCCACCACCUUUUUCCAUUACCUGCUGCAGCCUUUCAGGGACAUGAGAGAGCUGGCCAGCCUCUACAAGAUGGAGAUCCUGAAGACUUUGGAGUUUGAGGACUUGGGUCCCAAGAGGAUUGCGUCUCUGGAGAAGGAGGCGGAGGAUUGGAGAACAAAAGCAGAGGAGGCAGUCGCCUCAAUUCAGGACAUCACUGUCACCUACUUUGCACAAACUUCAAAGGCUCUGGCUGGUAUGACGAAGCAGAUGGAGGAGGACAGGUGUCGUUUCGGAGCCGCUGCCUGGGCGUCCGCAGUUCCCAGACUGGAGAAACUUCGCUUCCUAUUGGCCAAGGAAACGCUGCAGCACAUGAGGGCGGCGGAGAUGUGCCUCAACCGCAAGAAAGACGGCAUCAGAGAAAGGCUGAGCAGCCUGUCGGACAGAGUCCCGAGCCAGAGAGACGACCCCAGGCCAGCAUGUGAGGACAGCCAGCAGCAGCAGGACACCGUGGACCAGCUGGAGCUGCAGUUCUACGAAACCCAACUGGAAUUGUACGACACCAAGUUCGACACCUUGAAGAACGAGGAGCAGCUGCUGGUGGCUCAGAUAGACACGGUGCGGCGGCAGAUUAAAGAACUGAAGGACGAGGUGGUUUACUACGACGUGUGUGAGGAUCCGGAGGAGCUGCACAGUCUGGUCCACACUGGCUUCCAACAAGCAGACCCUCCGGCUGUCAGUCAUCUCAACAGACGCCUACGGACCCUGGAGGCCAAGAGGGGCAACAUCUGUGCCCGGCGAGCGUAUCUCCGCAAUAAGAAGGAUCAGUGCAUGGAUGCCCAGGAGCAGAAGCAGCUGGCAGGCAAGCAGAGCUCCAAAGCCUUCAGCCAGCAUCAUCAGGUCCACUUGCAACGGGAGAAGAAGAAAGAGGAGGAGCAGAGCAGGAAACAGUGGGUGGACCUGGAGCGGGAGAAGACUCUGAGCAGAUUACGAUCCUUCAGACAGAAGCGACAGGGCCAGUACAUCCUGAAAACUCCUCAUUCCAGGACGUCUCCAACAGAAGCCCCGUGUCCCUCCCAGCCGCUGUCCAUCAUCAGCCUCGGCCCCUCCUCCGAACUUACCUCCCUCCCCGUCCGCCCUGAACCCAGACUCAAUAAGGCAUCCAGGAAACGGCAGCCUAAAGACAUCCCCGUCCAAAUCUACUCUGCGCCGCUGCCUCCUACAACAAAUAUCCCCACUGCACCUCCUCCCCCGCCACCGCCACCUCCCCUACUACCACCACCCCUUGCUCUCCCUCGUCCACCUGCCCAAGUUUCCUCUGAGGACGCACCAAUGGCUCUCAGUGAAAAAGAGGAGCCUCCCUUCCCAGCCAAGAACAUGCUCAAACAGAAUAUAGGAACAAUGGACGAAGUGUUGGCCUCGCUUCAGCGCGGACAGACUCGGCUUCGAAAGGUUCCCGCUCGCAGGACGACGCCCCCCGCCGCCGACCCGAGGAGCAGCCUGAUGUCGGCCAUCCGAGGGGGCGUCGCCCUGAGGAAGGUGAUUCCUGCACGCGUAGAGUUUUCCAGCAGCGGAGACAAUGAGCUGGAGCGCAGCAUCAAAGCUGCCAUGAUGAGGAUGAAGAACGUGGCGGCCGACUCGGACUCGGACGACAGAGGAGACGAAGAGACACAGAGUACAGACUGGGACAGCUGAGAGCACGCACACGCACACACACACACACACACACACACACACACACACACACACACACACCCCGAUGACGCUGUUCUCUUACAUUUGUCCCUGCUCCGUUUUAUCCAGCUUGUGUUGCUGCCAAAUUUUUUUAACAAAAGCUUCCUCUGUCAAGGACAGGGUUACGGCCUCUGCUGACCUAAACAUUGUAGCUUGUUGAAACUUUCACAAGGUUUUAAUCUUUUUAAAAUUGCCCUGAGAUGUUGAAACAUACAACGAGAACUGCCUGAACUAGUCAGCAAUCAGGAUUCCAUCUCCUAUAAAGCCGUCGGUUCGCAGAAAGCCCAAGCGGAGCAACAGUGGUGUUGUGUUUCAUGGAGAGAAAAGGGCGAUAGGGAUAGUGCUGCAGUACAGUGUGUAAAUGAUUGUAUUUCUCCCAACAGUGUGUGUGUGUGUGUCUGUGUGCCUUUUGAGAGGCUGUCACACAGAAAUAACCACACCACUCUACUCUACUAUCACAAAUACUAAUUUGUCUACUGUCAGUAUCGUGAAUGUAAUUAAAUCUGAACAAUUGUUUUAAAUUUAAACACAAAAACCCCAACAAGGGCUGACUUUUGUAGUGUUUGCAAUUUAUUACCACACAGUCAGAGUGAUGUUGUGAGGUGCAGCAGUGUUAAUUAUUUACAGCCUGCAUGUCUCAAGUCUGUGUUAUUGUCCCUGGCCUGUUUUUUUUUUUGUGUGAAUGUGUUCUGGGUUGAUUUCACCGCUAUUUAUUCCACAAUCUCUAAUUUCUAAUUCUUCCUCUCUGAUGCCAUAACAAAUCAAGUGACAAUAUAACCAAGUAUGUCCUUCUAAUCUAUAUCAUGGAACUGCACUUAAAACAGCCGUCAACUGAUUAUUGAUGAUAUUGAUCAUGCCGACCUUAAUACUCAUGACCUUUGAACCUGUGACUCACCUUGCAAGGUUGCAAUGCAAAAAAAAGAUACUCUACUGUAUGGCAGAAGAUAUGACAAAAUGUUGCACUUAGUUUUGAAGUUGUCUGAUUCUGCAAAGCCAGAAACUGACUCGUGUGUUACAGACGAGCUGUGGACUGAAACACACUUGUACUGCUGAGUUUUGAUAAUAAAUAAAGACGCGUAAGAUCAUAAA